AUGUCGUCAGCUUCAAUGCCUCUCUUAGAGGAUACCACAGCCUUUGGCGAAGAUGAGGGAGAAUUUGGUGUUAAAAAGGAUGCUUUAGCGCAUCCAUACAUAACAUUUUUUCACUUAGCUUUCCGUGGAGCUGCCAUAGUAGCAUACUUAUUAUGUGAACAGUUUACUGCAAGUUUUAUAACAAGUUUUGUUAGUGUAAUUUUAUUAUUAUCAAUGGACUUCUGGACAGUAAAAAAUAUAACAGGAAGGUUAAUGGUUGGAUUAAGAUGGUGGAAUUAUGUGGAUGAGGAUGGCAAAUCUCAUUGGGUAUUUGAAUCUAGGCAGAACAAAGUAAAUGAACGAGAGGCUCGCAUCUUCUGGGUUGCCUUGGUUAUAACCCCAUUAUUGUGGUCUUUUCUAUUUAUUGUGGGAUUAUUUGGAUUUGAGUUUAGGUGGUUGUUGCUAGUAACAAUUGCAUUGAUUUUAACUGGAUCCAAUCUGUAUGGAUACGUGAGAUGCAAGGUUGGAAAUAAAGAAAGCGUCAGCAGUUUGACCUCGGACUUUCUUAGAAGACAAGUUCUACAAAACGCGGUCUCUCUAAUGUCGCGUCAACCUGCAGCUCAACCAGCACCCAGCCAGCCAAACUUGCCAACAAAUGUAGUCUAA